CAGACACAGGGGUGUUGCUUUUCUCAGACAACCUGGAGGAUAUGACAGACAUUGAUAAUGCAGCAGGGAUUUACCUUCCACCCGGAGCUGACGAGACUGACAAGAAGACAUCUGAAUUUCUUGCUUUGGAUGAAGAAGAGGAUAAAGACCUCUUGAAUAUCGAAGAUGACCUGGACCAGCUUCUCUCAGAUGUCAUCAAGAAGCCAGACAAAGCUCCCCAGAAACCCUCCUUAAAACCCAAGCCUCCGUCGCCCACAAAGAAGCCCAUCCCGGCCCAGAGACCCACCCCAGCACCGCGGUCGACUGGUGGUCCGGGGAAAGCGCCGCCAAAGCCUGCCCCGAGGAAGGGUAAGACGCCCUCAACCGGCGGAUCACAGAGUGAGGAGACAGGGCAAAAGGCUGAGACCGUCGACACAAUGGACGACGGUGACAUCCUAAAAUACAUCCAGCAGAAUGCUGGGGACGAAGAGGCUAGUUUGGAUCUGUUUUAGGGAGAAAUCUACGGACUGAUUGAAAAAUCCUAGAUAAUUAUUCCCACCAGAUAAAAUUGCAAUAGACAAAUUUGACAGGUGCUGUAAUUACAUGCAUGAAGAGGUUGAAGAGUAUCAAAGUGAAGUCUACAAUCUUAUGCAAAAAGUAGACCUUGAAAUGUAGACACCGAAACAAAAUGUCCUUUAUUGUUAUCGCAAGAUCCAUGAAUAAACCACUGCCGAAAUGUUUGAAAGUGUAUAUUACUUUGGCCUUCGUUAUAAGCACGUGCAUCUCAAACUAUACAAAGCACAGGCGUUAUUAGAUAACCAUGAAAAUAUCAUUCAGGAUGACUAUUCUUUGCAACUCGAUGAAGUACUGAUUAUAUAGAAUUUGUAAACAGUAACUGAAAAGGUUUUUAUAUAUUACAGUAAUUGUUGCCAAAAAUAU